AUGCUAGGAGGCGAGUGCUCAGUGAUGGCACUUCUCUACCUCUUCCUGCUCAGCCAAGCAUUCAACUAUGUCCUCGGUCAAAAGGACAGGCCUCACAUCAUCUUCAUUGUCGCCGACGAUUUGGGCUGGAACGAUGUCGGAUUCCAUGGAUCUAGUCAAAUACCAACUCCAAACAUAGAUGCUCUAGCAUACUCAGGAAUCAUAUUGAACAAAUACUAUGUCAAUCCCAUCUGUACCCCGUCUAGAAGUGCCCUAAUGACCGGCAAACAUCCAAUACAUACAGGAAUGCAGCACUCAGUAAUAUACGGUUCCGAACCGAGAGGGCUACCCCUGGAAGAGAAGUUGCUUCCUCAAUAUCUGAAAGAACUCGGGUAUAAGACGCACCUCGUCGGAAAGUGGCACUUGGGAUCCUGGAAGAAAGAGUACACUCCGACCUUCAGAGGAUUCGACACACAUUUUGGCUUCUGGACUGGUCAUCAGGAUUAUAAUGAUCACACUGCUGUCGAGAAUGGCAUGUGGGGCCUGGACAUGCGGCGAGGCAUGGACCCCGCGGUCGAACUCCACGGGCGCUACAGUACCGACCUCUUCACCGACGAAGCCGUCAGGGUCAUCGAAGACCAUAAUAUCAGCCAGCCUCUCUUCCUCUAUCUCUCCCACGCUGCCGUGCAUUCCGGCAAUCCAUACAACCUGCUUCCGGCUCCAGAUUCGCUCAUAGCUACCUUCAGGAACAUCACGGAUUACAAUCGGAAGAGGUUUGCAGGUAUAUUGACGAAGUUAGAUGAGUCAGUAGGAAAGGUAAUUGAAAGGCUAGAGAGACAAGGGAUGCUCAAAAAUUCCAUCAUUGUAUUUACAACAGACAAUGGUGGCCCAGCUGCUGGCUUCAAUUACAAUGCUGCAUCAAAUUGGCCUCUUCGAGGAGUAAAGAACACGCUAUGGGAAGGAGGAGUAAGAGGGGUGGGUGUUGUGUGGAGUCGCUACCUAAGAAACAUGUCAAGGGUGUCAAACCAAACAAUGCAUAUAACAGAUUGGCUCCCCACUUUAGUAUCAGCAGCAGGUGGUAAUGCAGGAAACUUGAGCGAUAUUGAUGGAAUUGAUAUGUGGGAAUCACUAAGUGAAAAUACCCCAUCAAACAGAAGUGAAGUGCUACAUAAUAUUGAUGAUAUUUGGGGUAGUUCAGCUCUCACUGUUGGUGAUUGGAAAGUAGUUAACGGUACAAAUUAUAAUAGAGAAUGGGAUGGAUGGUACGGCCCCUCUGGGCGUGAAGAUGGAACUGAUUACGACACUUGGUCUAUUAUUCAUUCCCCAGCUGGAAGGUCUUUGUCUUGGUAUAGUAAGUCGCUGAAUCAGCAUGCUAUAAAAAUGUUGAGAAAGCAAUCUGAAGUAAAAUGUUUCUUUGAUUCAUCAUUUACUGAAUGUGAUCCGCUGAUGAGUCCAUGCCUCUUUAAUGUCAUUGAUGACCCCUGUGAAUUUAAUAAUGUAGCCAAAGAGUAUCCAUUAAAGCUAAAAGAGCUGUUAGACAAGCUUGAUGAAUACAAUAGCACUGCUGUACCACCAGGAAACCUCCCAUUAGAUCCUAAAGGUGAUCCAAGACUAUGGAACAACAUGUGGACUAAUUUUGGAGACUAUGAAACAAAUUACAUAUUUUAA